UUUCCCAUCGGAGCAUAUCGACAUCACGUCAUGUUACAAAAACAAAGUAAAACCAAGCAAAACACGGCGUACACACAAAGAGAGCGCGGUUAAAAGCUUCACUUUUCCGGUUCGAUGGUCCGUUACCUGUUAAAGUAUGUUCGCCCAACGAACCAUGUUAGCUGAGCAAUUUGGUGGCUAGCAAACAUAGCUAAAGUUAGCUUACGAACAGAAUAGCGGUGACAUUAAAAAACAACACCCAGCGUAUUUGAAGGAAGACGAGGUCGCUAUUAGUUUAAUAGCCGCGAAUGGGGCACGUCAUGACGGUCUACGUCACCAAGCUUAAGCGCUGGACUUAAGCAUUUAUUUAUGUAAGCGAUUAAAUGAUUUUCAGAGGUUUUACUAAGUUAGUAAACUUUAUUAUUGUUAUAUUUAAUAAGGCUCUGGGUCAUUUUCUGAGUGUAGUAUUUUGUACAUCAUUCUAAUCGGUCAGAUCCUUUCGACAACCAUUUGUUUACGUUUUAUUCUGAAGCAGUGCGUUGCGGUGUGUGGAAUGCAUUGGAACAUUUUGGGUGCCGUCUGGUAACGCCAGUUCCAACGAGGCAAGAUAUCCGAAAACAUCACCACUGUGCCGGGUAGCAAGUGGAUGAUGUAGUCGAGAUCCGCAAUCAUCUUGAGGAGAAGCUGGCAGCAAUGUUGGCCGCCGUAGCCAAAACUAUUGCCACCAAGGUGUAUGAGCAGCAACUGUGGAGGUGUCGCUCCUGUUUGCAACUUCUGGCGUAUAAAAGGCACCAGAUGCUCCCACCUCCUGCCGCCUUGUCCAUGCCAGGUGACUUGGCAAGGGAGCCCGAAAUUGGGGUCCCGCCGAUAUCGCCUGACGUGUCUUUCCAGCCGGGUCACAAUGGAGCUGCCGAUGAGCCACAACGUUGUCCUCUGAGUCCUGUUCAUCGUUAUGGCGAUAGUCGCACUUCCGCUUAUUUAUACAGUGAGCACGCAAUGCCAUUGGUUAGUUUUCCCUCCGUUCGUCCACGUAAACAUUGUUUGGUUUAAUGCGCCCAAUUUCAAAUUACAUUCAUUCCGCCAAUAGCUGAUCGAUUGACAGGUGAGUGAGGCACGAUUGGUCAAUUUAAAAAAUAUUGACCCGCCCAACUUUCACAUUACAUUCAAUCAGACGAUCGCUGAUAGGUUGUUUGUUUGGUGACUUACGAUUGGUCAUUUAUCCAAAGGCGGAGCCUGACAGGUUGGUUUUGUGAGCUACGAUUGGUCAGUUCUUCCACGGUGUGGUGCAUGGUGCUAUAAAUGCUGCUUCGCGUGCCCGCUCCCCCCCCUUUCUGCUCGAGCGAACAGAAAACUUUUCGAGAGAACGCUUUUUGCAUUGCCUCAGACAAAGACAAAGACAAAGGACCUACAUUCGACGGAAACUGCAGUUUGCCAUUGUGUUGGACUUCAUCUGCUGACAUAGAGAUGCCACGAAAGAAGGGUUUCCGUAUGCGACGCACACCCAAGGCUACCCAAGCUGUUGAUUGUGCAGUUGCAACAAAAGGUAGGGAAGAAGUAUCUUCACUGUCACCAGUGGAGGUACCAACAGGUGGGUUACAAAAGGUGGUCAAAGGGUCAUUUCAUCAAGGCAAUACAAGGUUUAAGUAUGCAGGAACACAGUGUAUGGCGAUUGCCUUUUGUGCCACUGCUUUACACAGUAUUAAAAAUGUCUUGUUGUGGGAUACUGCUGAUCUUGACAUGGCUGUUGUUGAAGGCGAUCAGUUGUAUACCACUCUAAGGGAACGUCACGUAAUUUGUCACCAAUCCCACUUUUUGUGUGCCACAGAAUUGCCUAAACAGGAGGUGAUUGCUGGACACAAAUUUGAGUUUUGUGUGAAGGAUGAUUAUGCUUUAGGUGAUGUCAAUGUAGUUUCCAGCUAUUAUAUUGAAAACGGGAUUCAUGUCACUUUGCAUGAUGCUUUGCACACAAUGUUUGGCAAGUACAGCACAUGCAUUCUUACAGUCUGUCAAAGUAGUUGUGCCAUAAUUUGUGAUGCUGGUCAGUAUUGUCUGGUGGAUUCGCACUCGCGCAGCUGUAAUGGCAUGGUGUGCAGUGAUGGAACCAGUGUUGUUCUGUGUUUUGGUGGUCUUGGUGCCCUUGCUAAUCACAUUAGCAAUUUGGCUGCAGGGUUUGGAGGAGCAGAGAAACUUUUUGAAAUAGCUGGUGUUGUUGUGACUGUUGUGGCUGACAGGAAACGUCACUUGGAGAUGAUGACUGGUGAUGAUGGCAAAAAGUUUAAAAUGGCUGACAUUUCUAGUACAUGUGCAUCUGAUGUUGAGGUCAUCAGUGUUGUUACCACACAGCAUGCCUUUUGUCCAAUGCUUCAAAAUGACUCCAAAGAUGUGUGCCAACUUUUGAAUAUAGAUUGUGAAGUCAAAACUGUGCCUGUCAAUUUGCGUGUUGGACCCUUGGGAGCUCCCUGUAAAAAGGAGAGCAUUGUUGCUGACGGCAACUGUUUUUUCCGUGCCAUAUCACAAGCGGUGAGUGGCACACAGAAAAAUCACAGAAAAAUUAGACUCCAUGUGGUUAAACAUAUGGAAAACCACUGUGAAGAUUAUGAGAAGCUUCUCAGGAGUGAGUACAAUUGUUUGACAGAGUAUAUUAGUGUUUCCAAAAUGAAAUAUGUCAAUAGCUGGGCAACUGAGGUGGAAAUUCAGGCUGCAGCGGAUAGUUUAGGAAUAAAUAUCUUUACUUUUUACGGUGGUCAUUGGUUGAGAUAUAGUUCAACGUCAGAAUCCAGUCGUGGGAUUUAUUUGGACAACUCGAGUGGUAAUCACUAUGAGUGUGUGACAUGUGUCAAUGAGGGUCAGUUAGGAAGUUGCUUUGGCAUUUGUCAGAAUGGUACAUCUCAGGUCAGUCAGUAUGGUACCAGGUCACAUCGGCAUCAAGUAAUUUGCGCUGAUAGUGAAGUGGCAGUUGGUUUGAGUGAUGUUGUUGAAACAGGCAAAGAAAAACAUCAGUCCAUGGUUCCACUUGUAAGCCCAUCCAAGUAUAUUCAAAAGAAGAAGGCCCUGGCCCAAAGAUCCAAAUAUGUAGCAGAAAUGUUGGAAAGGGAGAAGAAGAUAACAAUGAGUGUAAAAAAAUACAAAGAAGAAGUUGUCUUUAGGCAGAGAAUGAAGUCAAGGAGUGUAGCAAAAUAUAGAAGUGAUGUAGUGCAUCAAAACAUAGUUAAAACAUCUAGCAUCACAAAGUAUAGAAGUGACAGCUUGCACAGGGACAGAGUCAAGGCGCAGAGUGUCAAAAAAUAUAAAGUAGAUACAAGGCACCGGGCCAUUGUCAAACUUGCCAGUAUACAGAAGUAUCACAGUAACUUAGAGCACAAAAUGCGUGUAAUGGCAGAUGUGAAGGCACGAAGACAUGCUGCAAAGUUGCGAGAGGAAGAAUUUGAUGUUGUUGUAGAGAAUUUUUUAGAGAAAGUGAAGAAUGGGCCCCAGUUUGUCUGCUGUGUGUGCCAUAGGUUGAUGUUUAAACAUCAGGUCCUGCAGUGUCACAGAGAGCAUUACAGCAAAAGUGCAAGUGCUUCUCUUGUGAACACGUGCAUUAAUGAGGAUUAUUUGCACAAAUGUAGUGCAGAGUGCACGGUGCCUUGUUUGUUGUUGGAGUCUGGUAGAGGGCAGUUGUGGGUUUGCUACACUUGCCAUUAUAAAGUUAGCAAAGGGGAAUUCCCACCUGAAUGUGUGGCAAAUAAUUUGGGGGUGGACCCGAUUCCUCCUGAGCUGGCUUGCUUAAACAGCUUAGAGCAACACUUAAUUGCACUAAAUAUCCCCUUCAUGAAAAUGCUAGCUUUGCCUAAAGGGGGGCAAAAUGGUGUCCAUGGGCCUGUGACUUGUGUUCCGGCCAAUGUUGUAGAAACGACAAAUUUGUUGCCACGGUCCAAUAUGGAAGGCUCUAUGCUCCGUGUCAAACUCAAAAGGAAGCUGACUUACAAAGGACACUACGAGUACCAUUUUGUUGACAGCAUGCACAUUCGUGAAGCCUUGAGGUAUCUGAAAGAGUCUAAUGUGCAUUAUGAAGAUAUAGAGUACAACGAGGAGUGGGUCAAUGACUUUUGUAGGGAACCUGAUGCCUCUCAGGUGGAGGACAGUGUUCCUGCAGUAGAUGUCACACCGCCUCUAGAUGCAGAAGAUGAGCUUCUUCAUGAUAGACAGCAACACUGCAUGUUUCAGGACACAUGUUUAAUGCCAGUUGACAUCGGUCAGGAAGUGCUGGAUCAGUACUAUGACAAUAUAUUGAAUGUGGCUCCGGCAGAAGGAAAUAAUCCUGUGAGGUUGCUUUCUGACCAUUCGAAUGAAGCUAAAUGUUUCCCAGUGUUGUUUCCACAUGGUCGUUUCACGUUUCAUGACACUCGACAAUAUAGGCUGACGGCGUCGCGAUAUUUCAAUAAUCGUGUCAUGCAUGCUGAUAAGCGGUUUGGGCAGAAUGUGGAAUACAUAUUCUAUGCUCAGUACUUGUGUGAACUUCUGCAGGUGGUGUCGAGCAUUUCCAUUGCUUUACGCAAAGGAAUUGCUGGUUUGGUGGCAAAAAUGGCCAAGGAUUUGUUGACCAACGAUGAGUCGUUAAAGACAUUGUUGGAAUGUGACCAGGGCUAUCGUUUUCUGAAGCCCAUCAGAGGUACUCCAGCCUUUUGGCAGAGUACGCAGCGCGAUAUUUUGGCUUGUGUGCGUCAGCUUGGUGUUCCCACGUGGUUUUGUUCUUUUUCGUCUGCUGAUUUACGGUGGCAAAACUUGGUAGACUGUGUUUUGAGGCAAGAGGGUAGAACGCAAACGGCUGCAGAGUUGGAGUGGGCUGACAGGUGUGAUUUGUUGAGACGGAAUCCUGUGACUGCUGCACGGAUGUUUGAUUUCCGGUGGCAUGUCUUUCUCAGAGGGGUGAUAAUGUCUUCGAGCCAACCGAUUGGCAAAGUUGUAGACUAUUUUUACCGGGUGGAAUUUCAGCAGCGUGGUUCCCCGCAUGUACAUUGUUUGUUCUGGGUAGAGAAUGCCCCACGGAUUGACGUUAACUCGGAUGAAGAAGUCGCAAAUUUUAUUGAUAGAUAUGUUACUUGUGAAUUGCAGACACAGGAUGAAGGAUUGACAGAGACAACAGUGUCUUCUGUGCAGCAGCAUUCUAAGCGACAUUCUAAAACAUGCAAAAAGAAAAACACCGUGUGCCGUUUCGGUUUUCCCAAACCUGUGUCAGGACGAACAUUUAUUAGCCAUCAGUUUGACGGACAGGGGCAAAAAACAUGUACUUGUCAGGAUAGCCAAUCAACCGGUGUUAAACAUGCACAUGUCCAAAAGCAUCCCAAAAUGCCGCAAACAUGAAAGCAGAAGACGCGUCCGCAAUUGUGACAUCCAUUAAAAAAGCGCUUGCUGACGAGAACCACGCGUAUCAAAGUGUGGAACAUUUGUUCCAUAGUCUCGGUAUAACACAAAAUACUUUUGAGUCCGCACAUCGCCGCUUGGGUCGUCGUACGGAAGUGCUAAUGAAGUGUCAAAUCAAUGAGAUUGAAUGAGCAAACCUCUGCUGAAAUGCUGGAAUGCUAAUAUGGACAUCCAGUAUGUCGUUGAUGCGUAUGCGUGCGUGGUUUAUAUAAUCUCAUAUAUUUCCAAAGCUGAGAGGGAGAUUGGAUUGCUGCUGAGUAAUGCCCAGAAAGAAGCAUCCAAACAGGCAAACGUCAGUGCCAAAGAGGCCUUAAAAAGUCUUGGCAGUGUGUACCUGCACAAUAGAGACGUGUGUGCACAAGAGGCCGUUUACCGGGUGACAAAUAUGCAUCUUAAGGAAUGCUCGCGCAAAGUAGUUUUUGUUCCAACAGGGGACAAUGUGGUCAAAAUGAG